GUCAACUACAACGGCUUCGUGACGUUUGGAGUGACCAGUUUCAGCGCCCUAUCCCCAACUCCAUCUCACUGGCCUUCUAGUCCUAAGUACUUGGGCGUGUACUGGACGGACUGUUUGCUGGACCUCAAGAACAUGAUCCCGUCUAUUUACAUCUACCAC